AUGAAAGGUUAUAAUGGAGCGAAUGCUAUACUGCGUUCAACGCUUGAGGGAAACCACCACCAACCUGAUACCCAGAAAUUACGACACGUCUCAAACUCUGCAGUCGGUCGCUUCAAUUCGCUCACAACAAAGCCUCAGAGGGAGACGAAGACGGGAUCGCUCUUGCUGCCCGCAAGCGAUAACGCCAGAAGAUUCUGCACAGGUACCUACGCAAACCACAUAUCACUAGUAUAUCUAGCAGAAAAGAAGGAAUUUGAGGUCAAUAUAAACAAGAGUCCAGAGUACAAUUUUAGUUGGCGAAUGGGAAGGCGUUUCGCAAAUACCGGACGCCAGGAGGUAGAAGGCGCUUUCAUUUGUCACUUUAAUGUGUUCAGGACACUCGAAAUCCCAGAUCCCAUUGGCAUGGCCUUUCUCAGUGCAAACGAGACUCUCACCAACCAACUGAAAAUGCUCUUUGUGGAUUUCUGCUGUCCGUACAGCCGCGAAUCGGAUACUGGCUCUGAAAUUGCGCGAGACAACGGACACAAUGCAAUGCGGUAUAACCUUGGAUGCGAGGAACUCAUACUCGCUGACGGGUCGCUUGAAUACAACAGUGGCUACACUCAUGUCGAGGUUAAGCUUCUUCGGAGACGUAAUAAGCCGUUUCUUGAAUGGAAAUGGUUGGGAGGUGAAAGAUUAGAUGUCCUCCUGGAAGAAGAUCUUAUCGAUCGGUUCCAAAUCUUUCCUCAGGGGGCGUACGCUCUGUUAUUUGGCCCACGCUUCUUUAUACAGUCCGAGCUCUCUUCCCUAGGUGGAACAUAUUUCCUAGCUUGCGGGAACCUUGACCUUUCGAACUGGCAACAUGGAUGUUUCCUGGAGACUGGUGUCAAUCAAGAGUAUUGCGAGCGGAAGACAGCGAUCGCAUGGACUCUAGGUCUCAAAUCGGCUAGAAGGAAAGACUGUUUCGGCGAAGUGUUUGAGUAUCCCUUCUUCAUUUCAAUAUCUAGACAAGCUGAAUCAGCAAGAUCCUCCUACAGCGGGAAGUAUGCCGACUCAAUGUUCUCUUUGAAACUUCAUUAUCUGCUGGUUACGCAUCUUCCCAUCGGUAUUUUGCUAGGUGCUGAAUUGCCUAUUGCCUAUUCUGCAACUUUUCAAAGAUUGCAUUCACGGUCGGUUGUUGAUUCGGACGAGCAGGUAUUAGCCUUCCUUUUCGGAAGCUUGGAUGACAUAAUCAGGCGUCUCGCUUAG